AUGGACAAACACAAUACAACAAUACUGAAUGAAUUCAUCCUAAUGGGAAUCACCAACCGCCCUGAGCUGCAGGUUCCAUUGUUUGUGCUGUUCCUCAUCAUCUACAUGAUCUCAAUGGUGGGCAACUUGGGCAUGAUCAUCCUCACCAUGAUAGACUCCAAGCUACAAACACCAAUGUACUUUUUCCUCAGACACCUGGCUAUCACGGAUCUUGGUUACUCAACAACUGUGGGACCCAAAAUGUUGGUGAAUUUUCUUGUGGAUGAAAAUAGAAUUUCCUAUUAUUUUUGUGCUAUACAGCUCGCUUUCUUUCUCGUGUUCAUUGUUUGUGAAAUUUUCAUUUUAUCAGCCAUGUCCUAUGACCGCUAUGUGGCCAUCUGUAACCCUCUGCUCUAUGCAGCCAUCAUGUCCCAAAGGGUAUGUCGAGCACUGGUGACAAUCCCUUAUCUCUACAGCACCUUUGUUUCUCUUCUGGUCACCAUAAAGAUUUUUAACUUAACCUUCUGUGGCUACAAUGUCAUCAGUCAUUUCUACUGUGACAGUCUACCAUUGUUACCUUUGCUUUGCUCAAACACACAUGACACUGAAUUAAUCAUUCUCAUUCUAGCAGCUUUUGAUUUGAUUUCAUCCCUUCUAGUAGUUCUUGUCUCUUACCUGCUCAUCCUUAUCACCAUUCUCAGGAUGAACUCUGCAGAAGGUCGGCGCAAGGCCUUUGCUACCUGCGCAUCCCACCUGAUAGUGGUCGUAGUAUUCUAUGGGACUUUGAUCUUUAUGUAUGUUCAGCCCAAGUCCAGUCAUUCCUUCAACACUGAUAAAGUGACUUCUAUAUGUUACACUCUGGUUAUUCCCAUGUUGAAUCCAUUGAUCUAUAGUUUGAGGAACAAAGAUGUAAAAUAUGCCCUACAGAGGACAUGGAAAAAUAUAUGCAAUAUAUUUUCUAAAGUUUGA